AUGGUAGAAGUCUUCAUGGACGAUUUCUCAGUCUAUGGAGCAUCCUUCUCCUCAUGUUUGUCUAACUUGUGCAGGGUGUUGCAGAGGUGUGAGGAGACAAAUCUAGUACUCAACUGGGAGAAGUGCCACUUCAUGGUUCGAGAAGGGAUUGUGCUUGGACACAAGAUUUCCGAGAAAGGGAUCGAGCUCGAUCGAGCUAAGGUGGAUGUCAUGUUGCAGCUUCCUGUUCCCAAGACUGUGAAGGACAUCAGGAGUUUUCUGGGUCAUGCAGGGUUCUACAGAAGAUUCAUCAAGGAUUUCUCAAAGAUAGCAAGACCCUUGACAAGGCUUCUGUGCAAGGAGACAGAUUUUGAGUUUGAUGAAGAAUGCCACAAGUCUUGGACCUUGCUGAAGGAUGCUCUGGUAUCUGCCCCAAUAGUUCAAGCUCCAAACUGGGAUCACCCAUUUGAGAUUAUGUGUGAUGCAUCUGACUAUGCAGUAGGAGCAGUGCUUGGCCAAAAGAUAGACAAGAAACUCAAUGUCAUCUACUAUGCAAGCAAGACUAUGGAUGAUGCUCAGUGCAAGUAUGCAACCACAGAGAAGGAACUCCUUGCCAUAGUCUUUGCCUUUGAGAAAUUUCGAAGCUAUAUAGUUGGGUCCAAGGUGAUUGUGCACACUGACCAUGCUGCCCUUAGGCACAUCUUUGCUAAGAAAGAUACAAAGCCAAGACUUCUCAGAUGGAUCCUUUUGCUUCAAGAGUUUGACAUAGAAGUUGUGGACAAAAAGGGAGUAGAGAAUGGAGUUGCUGAUCAUCUCUCUAGGAUGCGAGUUGAAGACAUGAUCCCCAUCAAUGAUUCUAUGCCUGAAGAACAGCUUAUGGCAAUCAUGAUCUUGAAAGAGAGUUUUGAUGAGAAAGUCAGGCUGGAAGAAGUUAAGGCUCUGCGUGAUGAGAAUUUGCCAUGGUAUGCUGAUAUAGUGAACUUCAUGGUGUCUGGAGAAGUCCCUAGUAGUUUUGAUGCUUACAAGAGGAAGAAUUCUUCAAGGAUGCUAGGCAUUACUAUUGGGAUGAGCCUUACUUGUACAAGAGAGGACCAGAUAGCAUUUACAGGAGAUGCAUAG